AUGAAGCUCACGCUCGCCCUCGCCACCGGCGCCGCCGCGUCCGGCAACAUGAACGGUCCCUACACGGUGAGCUCCGGCGCGGGCAAGACCGGCGUCGCGUUCAACAGCGACUACGCCAGCAAGGGCCACGAGUACUUUGACGUCUACAGCCCCGAGCUCGCGACGCAGUACGCCGAGGUCUUCUGGACCGACAUGGGCAAGCAGCCCAUCCCCCAGGCGAUCAUCGACCGCUUCGCGAACAAGACCAUGGCGAGCACCCGGGCGAUCACGGGCUACGAGAUGGACAUGGUCAUGGUCAGCCCGCUGGACGCGCCGGGCCAGCACCCGGAGAACGACGUCUCCGUGCCCAUCAACUGGGCCUACAACCACCACUACGAGGCGUGGAUGACGGGCAAGUACAGCGAGCUCCGGAAGAUCGAGCACCCGGACCCCGCGGACCUCACGUUCCACGGCAGCCCGAAGACGCUGGAGCUCGUCGAGGCCGACGGCGCGCGCGACGCGCUCGGCGACGUUCCCUCGUCCCAGUGGUUCUCCGAGGGCAACGGCGGCGAGAGCCGCAAGUCGUUCCACGGCUACCCGGACGGCUACGCGCAACUCAUCGGGUCGCCCGACGCCUGGCACAUCGAGCCCAUGCAGAUCGACACGCGCAACCGCGAGUGCGGCGUGCGGCCCGAGGACGUCGGCAACUGCACCAAGUUCGAGGCCUGGCUCGAGCCCAAGCAGGCGCGGUCCGGCCCGGCGUCGUCCGGCCGGUCCCACCUCAAGGCGGGCUCGCCCUACAGCGGCGUCCUCGAGUGCCCCUGCACGUCGCGCUACGGCGGCUCCGUGGAAUAUUAUGGCGAGGCGGCGGGGACCAAGGCGGGCGGCGCGCUCUGCGAGGCCGGCGGCAAGAACUGCCACCAGUUCAACGCGACGCCGCGCUGCGCGGGCCCCUGGAACGGCGAGCCGUCGGCGUCCGGCGGCGAGCUCCUGGCCAUGGGCAACCCGACGUGCGCGUCGUCGACGUACGCGGGCGGCCUCCAGUGCUGCGGCCACAAGCGCAUCCUCUUGGACGCGGACCAGGACCCGGGGCCGGACCUCCUCCGCUACCACAUGAAGCGGCGCGCGGCGUUCCGCUUCUGGUUCCAGGAGUACGAGCCGGCGACGGCGACGGCGAAGGCGUCCCACAGCGACCUGCCGCGCUACUACUACCUCACGGAGCAGAACGCGGGCGAGUACGACAUCCCGCCGGCGUUCCGCGCGCCCGGCGACCCGGAGAUCCCCGGCAUGCCCGGCUGGCCCAUCUCGACGUCGUCGGCGGACCUCCACCUCACGCCCGGCACGUCCUGCGUCGGCGACUGCCCCGGCGGCCCGGACUGCGAGUGCGAGCACACGAUCACGUCGCACUUCUCGAUGUCGAACGCGUCGAUGAUCUACGCCGGCGGCCACUGCCACGCGCCGGCCUGCAUCUCCAUCGAGCUCUACAAGAACGACACGGGCACGCCCGAGCUGCUCUGCCGCCAGGUCUCCGUCUACGGCGAGGGCGACGUCGCCGCGGACAAGUUCGACGAGGUCGGCUACGUCGCGCUGCCGCCCUGCCUCUGGGGCUCCAAGGACGAGGGCCUCGAGCCGCCGGUCUUCCUCGGCGAGGACACGCCCAUGUUCUCCAUCACGCACACCUGGAACACGCACGUCGGCCACACGGGCCAGAUGGCGUCCUGGCAGAUGCGCGGCGUGCCCUUCGCGGCCACCGCGUGAGGUGGCCGUCCCGAGCGUCUCUGUUGCAGCGGCCCGCCCCAAGUCCCGCGCGGUCGCUCCGCUCAAUCGUCGCCCCGAAUCGGCGUCGAACCCUGCCCGUGUAAUGCUCAAGAAGCG